AUGCAGCUCGGCGGCGCAGCGCUGCUGCUGUGCGCGGCGGGGCUGGCCGCGGCCCCCGCGCCCGCACCGGGAGCCGGGCCCGAGCGGCGGGCGGCGGCGGCGGGGGCCGGGCGGGAGCGGCGGGCGCAGUUCGCCUCCUGGGACGAGGUGAACGUGCUGGCCCACGGGCUGCUGCAGCUGGGGCACGGCCUGAAGGAGCACGUGGAGCGCACCAAGGGCCAGCUGCGGGAGCUGGGCGGGCGGCUGAGCGCCCACAACAGCUCCCUGGGGCGGCUGCUGCGGCAGGCGCGGGAGGCACAGGAGCGCGGCGAGCGGCUGCGGGGCAGCGUGCGGGAGCUGGAGGGCCGCGGCCGGCAGCUGCUCAACCUCUCCGAGGCGCUGCGGCAGCGGCUGGAGGAGGUGGCGGCGGACAAGGACGCGAUCCAGGGCCGGCUGGAGCGGCUGGAGGGCCGGGUCCGGCUGGCGCUGCAGGCGCGGCCGGCCGGGAACCAGAGCGCUCGGGACCUGGGGGCGCUGCAGUCCCUGAUGGAUGCUCAGAACCUGCGCAUCGAGGAGCUUCUGCAGAAAAUCAAGCAGCAGCAGUACAAGCUGGACAAGCAGAACCUGCAGAUUAAAAGCCUGCAGAGCAAGGUCAAUCUACUAAUUCCCCUACACCACAACAAAACACAGCCUCCAAAGUGGAAGAUAAACCUGAAGAAGAGCCUCAACCUCACCAACCAGAGUCAGAAUGGCAGUGGGGAGCCCGUGCAGACACAGAAGCUCCCAGAGGGUUGUCACCAGCUCUUCCUGGCUGGGCAGCGAAGCAGUGGCGUUUUCCAGGUACAGCCCACAGGAUCUCAGCCCUUCAAAGUCUACUGUGACAUGACUGCAGAGGGUGGCUGGACAGUGAUUCAGAGGCGCCUGGAUGGCUCUGUGGACUUUGACCAGCUGUGGGAUGCCUACAAGAAUGGCUUUGGAGACCUUCGUGGUGACUUCUGGCUGGGCCUGGAGAAGAUACAUCACCUUGUCCAAGAGGGAAAGUACAAUCUCCUGAUUGAGCUGGAAGACUGGGAGGGGAAUUCCCAGGUGGUUCAGUUUGUCUUCAGUCUUGGUGGUGAGAGCACAGCCUACACCCUCAACCUGCUGGGGCCUCUGUCUGGAGAGCUGGAAAACGCCAUUGGGGAAUUCAGGCAGCUGCCUUUCUCCACUCGGGACCGUGACCAUGACCUUAAAGCUGACACAAACUGUGCCAAACACCUCUCAGGUGGCUGGUGGUUCAGCACCUGUGGCCAUGCCAACCUCAAUGGGAAGUAUUUCCGCUCCAUCCCGCGGCAGAGGCACGAGCGCAAGCAGGGCAUCUUCUGGAAGACAUGGAAGGGCAGGUACUACCCCCUGAAGUCAACCAUCAUGAAAAUCCAACCUGCAGCACUGGAAACAGAGCCCUAAAGUUCCUACUUGAGACUUUCUCUGUGGAGCAUGGACCUGAGCUCCAUCACUCGGUGUUUACAGAAAACAACCUCCCCUUCCUUGGUUAGAAGCCCUUUAGAGGCACAACACUGCUCCUCACUAAAAGUAAAACAGCUCCACAUUUCCAGAACCUCUGGAUGGGAGUUCCCAAACCUGAAGAGGAGCCCCAGGAGGGAGAUCCACCUCCAGAGCAUGCACAAGGGUUUUCUGACCUGCCAUGUGCUGCUGCAGCAAGUUCAAAUUGUCCGGUGCUUUUUAUCCUGUCUUAACAUUUCUGUACUGUGUUGAUGAGCUGGGCCUGGGGCAGGAGGGGCACAGGAAGUGUCUCACUGCCCUGGACCACAGCACUGGGUAUGGAGUCUUGCUAUGUCCUGUCUUUCACUGUUGUUCCCCAAUGAUGUCCCAGGUACCCCCUGUGAGAGCCCCUGGAGCUCCUUCCUGUGCAGGGGCUGGGGGCAGUGAGCUCAGGCAGCUCCAUCUGUGCAGCCCCUGCCCCCUGAGGUGCAGGGCUCGGUGGGAAAGCUGAGAGUGACCUGUGCAGAAGGGGAGACCUCAGGCUCACUUGCCUUCCCUUUGAAGACCUGUAUUUCUGGCAGUGCUGGAAUUUGCUGGGAGCUGGGAAAACUGCUUCCAGCUCUGAGCUUGUUGGGUGAGAUCCUGCAGCUGGUUGCCUGAGGGGCCAGGUCCUGGGCAGCUCUGCCUGCCCGUGCUGCUGGGGGUGGUGGGGACAGCAGUGGGACA